CGGCGGGCGGGAGGGGACCUGCGCUUAGGAGGCGAGGCCGGACGGCACAGCUGUUGCCGGGACGAUGGCGGGGACGGCGCUCAAGAGGCUGAUGGCCGAGUACAAACAAUUAACACUGAAUCCUCCAGAAGGAAUUGUGGCAGGCCCCAUGAAUGAAGAGAACUUUUUCGAGUGGGAGGCACUGAUCAUGGGCCCAGAAGACACCUGCUUUGAGUUUGGGGUCUUUCCUGCCAUCCUGAGCUUCCCGCUGGAUUACCCGUUAAGUCCCCCAAAGAUGAGAUUUACCUGCGAGAUGUUUCAUCCCAACAUCUACCCUGACGGCAGAGUCUGCAUUUCCAUCCUGCACGCCCCAGGCGACGACCCCAUGGGCUACGAGAGCAGCGCCGAGCGGUGGAGCCCCGUGCAGAGCGUGGAGAAGAUCCUGCUGUCGGUGGUGAGCAUGCUGGCAGAGCCCAACGAUGAGAGUGGGGCCAACGUGGACGCUUCCAAGAUGUGGCGGGACGACCGGGAGCAGUUUUGCCGGGUGGCCAGGCAGCUGGCGCAGAAGUCCCUGGGGCUCUGAGGCCCGUCCUUGCGCACGCACAGACACGGCGCCCAGCCGCGGCCGGGCUUUCUCUGCUGAACGCAUACUGACAGUGACACUCUGUGCUGGUACCAAAAAAGGCAAGCUUGCAGAACCACAGCAUCUCUUGUUUUCCCUACCUUUCCCGCUCCAAACAGGCUUCUUUUCUGAAAUUAUGGUAUAUGUAGGAUGAUGACAGCCAGAGGCAGUGUUACCGUGUUGCUGGCCUGGCGCUUUGGGGAGAUGGUGACAGCUGUCCCCACCCCCUCUCCCGGCCGGGGUGCACACCGCACAGGCCUGUGGCUUCCCUUCUGUCGCAGUCGGUGGGGGCGUGUGUGCCACACUCCUGGGGGCUAGAACCAGUAGUGCUCCUUUGAGGAAACGGGGCCUCGCAGCUCGAGUGGCGGCUGGCAGGAUGGCUCUGUGGGCCCGGCCAGGGAUGUCACUUGGUUUCAGUGCUUCAUAGUACUUCCUGCCUGUUCCUUAUAAUCUCGUUACAUCAUUUUUGUUUGUCGUGUGUUACAAACUAUCACACUUAGAGAUACUUUCAGGAAAUAAAUACUUUUUAAAAACACGGA